UCUCUCCCUCUCCGGCUCGCUCGCUCGGUGCCGACAGACGGAGGGACAGCAGAGGCGAGAAAGCGGGUGAGCGAGCAUCGACAGACAGACGGCUGAGGAGAGAGAGAGAGAGAGCGAGAGAGAGAGAGAGAGGGCAACAAAGAGAAACCGAGCAUGAGUGUGUGAGCGUGAAAAUGUGUGUGCGUGAGUGUGUGUGAGUGUGUGUGGGGGGGGGGAUAUGGACUGCCUCUGCAUUGUCACUACCAAGAAAUACCGUUACCAAGACGAUGAGACUCCACCUGUGGAUCCCAGCCCCGGUCACAUGACCCACGGACGAAGCACCGAGCUCAGUCACGCACACCUGGACGGAUACACACACCCUCCUGCACUCACUAUGAACGGAUCCGAGGGAGAGCUGGAGUACGAAGAGAUCACGCUGGAGAGGGGGAAUUCUGGUCUGGGCUUCAGCAUUGCAGGAGGAACCGAUAAUCCUCACAUCGGGGACGACCCGUCCAUCUUCAUCACUAAGAUCAUCCCUGGAGGAGCCGCCGCCCAGGACGGACGCCUCAGGGUCAACGACAGCAUCGUGUUCGUCAACGACGUGGACGUCCGGGAGGUCUCUCACUCCUUCGCCGUGGAGGCCCUGAAGGAGGCGGGGCCUGUGGUCAGGCUGUACGUCCUGCGGCGACGCCCAAUGAGCGAACGCAUCACACAGAUCAAACUCAUAAAAGGACCCAAAGGUCUAGGUUUCAGUAUAGCCGGCGGAGUUGGGAACCAGCAUGUUCCUGGAGACAACAGCAUCUACGUCACUAAGAUCAUUGAGGGCGGAGCGGCACACCGUGACGGACGGCUACAGAUCGGGGACAAAAUCCUGGCGGUGAACCACAUGUCUCUGGAGAACGUCCUGCAUGAAGACGCCGUGUCGGCCCUGAAGAACACGGGGGAGGUGGUCUACCUGAAGGUGGCCACGCCCACCUCGCAGUACAUCAACCAGGUUGACCGGUACAGUCCGCCUGACCUGACCAGCUCCUACAUGGAGCCGGACUACAUGUGUGAUUACCCACAAGCCCUCCCCCCUCCGUCGCCACGGCGAUACUCCCCCAUCCCCCGCGGCAUGAUGGGAGAGGACGACUACUCCCGGGAGCCCCGCAGGGUCUGCAUCCAGCGCGGGUCCACAGGUCUGGGGUUCAACAUCGUCGGUGGGGAGGACGGAGAGGGGAUCUUCAUCUCCUUCAUCCUCGCAGGAGGUCCAGCAGACCUGAGCGGAGAACUCCGCAAGGGGGACCAGAUCCUCAGUGUGAACGGCGUGGAUCUCAGGUAUGCCACACAUGAACAGGCUGCAGCUGCCCUGAAGAACGCCGGACAGACGGUUACCAUAGCAGCCCAGUACAGACCUGAAGAGUACAGCCGUUUCGAAGCAAAGAUCCACGACCUGAGGGAGCAGAUGAUGAACAGCUCGUCCGGCAGUCUGAGAACCAACCGGACCUUCUACGUCAGGGCGCUCUUUGACUACGAUAAGCAGUGGGACUGCGGCGUCCUGUCACAAGCUCUGGACUUCAACUUCGGGGAGGUUCUUCAUGUGAUUGACAGCGCCGAUGACGAGUGGUGGCAGGCAAGACGGGUCAACCAGCAGGGGGAGCUGGAGGAACUGGGAUAUGUCCCAUCCAAACACAGAGUGGAGAGGAAGGAGUGGUCGCGGAUGAAGAAUAAAGGCAGAGAAGGUUUCGUUCACAGCUACGAGCUCAUCACUCAGAUCGAAGUGGACUACGCUCGUCCCGUCAUCAUCCUGGGACCGACCAAAGACCGGGUCAACGACGACCUCCUGUCCGAGUACCCGGACAAGUUCGGCUCCUGCGUCCCUCACACGACCCGCCCACGCAGGGACUACGAGGCCGAUGGACGGGACUACCACUUUGUGUCGUCACGGGAACAGAUGGAGCGGGACAUCCAGUCGCAUCGCUUCAUCGAGGCGGGGCAGUACAACAACCACCUGUACGGGACGUCGGUGCAGAGCGUCAGACAGGUGGCGGAGCAGGGUAAACACUGCAUCCUGGACGUAUCAGCCAACGCGGUGAGGAGGCUGCAGGCCGCACAGCUCCACCCCAUCGCCAUCUUCAUCCGGCCUCGGUCUCUGGAGAACAUCCUGGAUCUGAACAAGCGUCUGUCGGAGGACCAAGCAAGGAAAGCUCUGGACCGAGCCAUCAAGCUGGAGCAGGACUUCCUCGAGUGUUUUACAGCCAUCGUACAAGGCGACAGCUUCGAGGAGGUCUACCACCAGGUCAAGCUCGUCAUCGAGGACCAGAGCGGCCCCUACAUCUGGGUCCCUGCACGCGAUAGACUCUGAUUGGCUACUGCCGGCUGUGGGUGCCGUCUCCAUGGAAACCACCAUCAGCAUCCUCCUGCUGUCGGCGGUGCGGCCUGAUUUGUUUUUAACUGUUUUCUUUCUACACCGGGAGGAUGAGCAAGCUUAGUGAUGGCAUGAAUGCUGUAACCACGGCAACCAAGAGAGACAUGGUUUUGGUAAGAGGACGUGUCUGGACAUCCACCUGUCAGAGACACUGGACUGACUGAUGAUUGGUUAAGUGUUGAGUGAGUAAUUCUCUCAUCAGAGUGUAGAGUUUGGUUGCUAUUGAAGUAUUUAUAUUAACCUAUUUAUUUAUUGAUUAUUUAUUUAUUUAUGUGAUGUGAAAAUGGUGUGUGCGUGCGUGUGCGUUUGUGUGUAGUAAACAUAAAGACUUGUGUGACUGUAAAUAAAACGAUGGGGCUCAAACACACAGUCUAUUCAGGGCUUAAAAUAUCAAACAACCACUGGACUACAUGUCCCACAAUCCUCCAAAUGUCUGGACUACAAAAACCUCCACCCAUGUCUGUCUGGACUACAAAAACCACCACCCAUGUCUGUCUGGACUACAAAAACCUCCAUCCAUAUCUGUCUGGACUACAAAAACCUCCACCCAUGUCUGUCUGGACUACAAAAACCUCCAUCCAUAUCUGUCUGGACUACAAAAACCGCCACCCUUGUCUGUCUGGACUACAAAAACCUCCAUCCAUAUCUGUCUGGACUACAAAAACCGCCACCCUUGUCUGUCUGGACUACAAAAACCUCCAUCCAUAUCCGUCUGGACUACAAAAACCUCCAUCCAUGUCUGUCUGGACUACAAAAACCUCCAUCCAUAUCUGUCUGGACUACAAAACCCGCCACCCAUGUCUGUCUGGACUACAAAAACCUCCAUCCAUAUCUGUCUGGACUACAAAAACCUCCACCCAUGUCUGUCUGGACUACAAAAACCUCCAUCCAUGUCUGUCUGGACUACAAAAACCUCCACCUUUGUCUGUGUGGACUACAACACUCACACUCCUCCUAACUUCAGUUAUACACCACCCAUUCCCAUCUUCUUUGACCGGUUUACCCACCAUCCUCCUCGACCUGGACUACAAGAACCUCUUUUUGACUACAAGACCCACAAUCCCCUCUGCUUCAACCAAAACGCACAUAUCUCUCAGCAGUGGGAAGAACUGCCCUCAUAUGGACUCCAGCUCCCACAAUCCUGUUCUGUUGCAGUUUGGACGGCGUCCAUCUUGUUGCUUGGCAGCAAACUGAAGCACUUUCAGUUUUAAGCAAAAAACUGUGAACUACAUUACCCAGAGUUCCCAGCUGACUCCAGCAGUAACCAUUUACAGACGGACUACAGUACCCAUGAUCCUCUGCUCCAUGAGGCAGGGCAGAGACAACAUGGACCUCACCUGCUCGGGGCGGAGCUACAGCCUCAGGUUUACAAACCACACCUUUACAGGGGUGUGGCCUGGACACCUGUAUCCCAACCAUGGGGGUCCGUUACCCAUAAUGCACCAGGAUGUGGUCCUGCUGGAGCUGCUGGUGGAUUUUCAGACUGAACAUCAGGGUCGUGUGAAUAAUUAUUACUUAUUGAUGAUGUGACAUCAUCUCACACGUGCACUCAGCGGGGUCACAUGACGUCUUUUGAUUGCGAGCACGGACAGAGACACAUCCUAUCUGAGUAUUGAUCAGCCUUCCACACACACACACACACACACACGCCUUGUUGGUCUGAUGACAGGCUGGUUGUAUAAUGAAUUAGUUAUAAUGAAAUACUGAAAUGAUUGGAAUAAAUUCCUUAUAAAAGCU